CUUUACACGUGAGUGGGCAGGUCUGCUCUUCUCAAAUCCUAUUGGCUAAAGCCCACGCCUCUCACCGCACUGGGGACGGGUCACAGAACCUCUGGGCGCGGAGGGAUGACGUCACAUCGGCGACGGGGCUUCGGUUGAAAGCUGGCUGUCCCUGCUGACUUCAAGACCGCGUAGCUGGGACCGCGCUACGAUGACCAUUUGCCAGUUUUUUCUUCAAGGCCGGUGCCGCUUCGGAGACCGCUGCUGGAACGAGCACCCUGGCACCCGGGGCGCGGGCGUGGCCCGGCAGCCGCCGCCACAGCAGCAGCCGCCGCCCGCAGGAAGCAACAGGCGCGGGUGGAAUGCCACCAGCCAGAGGUACUCCAAUGUCAUCCAGCCAUCCAGCUUCUCCAAGUCUAUGCCAUGGGGUGGCAGCAGAGAUCAAGACAAACCAGUAUUCGGCUCCUUUGACUCUGGCGCUUCCACCAGCAGAGGCUUGGAAUCAUCUCAAAACCCUUUUGCGUCACCUGUCUCUGAUGAGCAGAAAGAUGAAAAGAAACUUCUGGAAGGAAUUGUUAAAGAUGUAGAGAUUUGGGAAUCAUCGGGGCAGUGGAUGUUUUCUGUUUACUCACCAGUGAAAAAGAAACCUAACAUCUCAGGUUUCACAGACAUUUCACCAGAAGAGUUGAGGCUUGAAUACCAUAACUUCUUAACCAGCAAUAACUUACAGAGCUAUCUAAAUUCUGUUCAGCAGCUAGUAAGUCAAUGGAGGAAUAGGAUAAAUGAACUAAAAAACCUAAAUAUGUCAACCAAAGGAACUCUGCUCUCUGAUGUAAAGGAUGGAGCCAGUCAAGCAGCGCCAGCAUUCGGAUUUGGAAGCAAGCAAGCAGGGACGUUUGGGUCAUCAGGUUUUCCAGUGGAUAACAGCAGCAGCAAUAAUGUUCAGAACUUUAGUUUUAAAACCAGCUCUGGGUUUGCCACUGCCCCUUCCGGAAGCACGCCCAUGUUUGGAAGUCACCCAGCCUUUGGGACCGGGCCCUCUGCUGGCUCUGCCAUCGCUUCCUCCGCUCCAGCCUUUGGAUUUGGGAAACCUGACGCCACGUCUGCUGCUUCAUUUUCGUUCAAGAGCCCUGAUGCUUCUGGAUUUGGAUCCUCUGGCUUUUCAGGGUUUCCAUCUUCCUUGGCAGUGAGUCCUUUCGGUUCUGCAAUGGCCCCUGCCUUCGGAAGUGGCGGAUCUGUGGCUGGUUUUGGUAGUCCUGGCUCACAGUCUCAGACUGUAUUUGCCAAACCUUCUAAUGACACGUUUGGAGGUAGCAGCCUAUCAGCCUCCCUCCCAGGCUCUGCCACAAAUAGUGUACUGUUCACCCCCAGGGAUCAGCUGACAAAAGAGGAGCUGGAGCAGUUUCAGUCCCAGAGAUUUACCCUGGGGAAAAUCCCACUGAAGCCACCGCCCAUGGAGCUUCUGACUGUAUAAAGGGCGGAGUCCAAUACAGAACGGCUUUAGCCAGGCAUGUGGUGUGUGCCGGUAGUUUGGGAGGCUGAGAGAAGGAAUGCCACAAAUUCAGGGCCAGCCUGGACUGCACUGAGUAAGUAAUAGAUCAGCCAGAUCUGUGUGAGACCCUCAAAGUAAAGAUCUGAAUGGUUUUUCAAGAAAUGUUUCUGUAGUGCUUGGGAUCACUGGACCCUCACACAUGCAAGGCAGGUUCUACCUCAGCCACACUCCCUAAAUAUGGCUUUUAAGAUUGUCUUGAAUGAUAUAAUAAUACACCCCCCUCUGACCUGCCUUUCCCAAGUAUUUGUUGAAGUAAGUUCUUCAAGGCUCAAUAAUGGAGGAAUUUAUGAGAAUUAUUUAAAAUGGUGACUUGGGCUUUGUAAAAUUGAAACUUACAGAAUCAUACUUUUCUGAGUCAGCAAAACAUGCCACACAUUCAAGAGUAAACUCUAUUCCUCAUAUAUAUAUAUAUAUAUAUAUAUAUAUAUAUAUAUGAGCAAUGUAAGGUUUUAGUAAUUUGAGGGAUUUAAAGGUUAACAUUUUUUGAAAACCUAGCUAAAUAAAGCACAGCCCAAAAACUCAAUAAGCAAGGGAAAUCUUUUGUACUGUAAUUAUGAAUGGAACUAAAAAAUACAGGGUACUGAAUAAUUUUCUCAUUCUAUUCCAAUUUAUUACC